AUGCUGAAGCCGCUCUGAAUCCGCCACCACUGCUGAUAUUAUCCCAACCCCAUAAGAACCUCUCCUUCCCUCUUCGCUUCGACCUCGGAGAAGACGAAGUCGAAGACAGGAGAAAGCUUCACAAUUCCUCCUCACUUUCUCAUUUUUCUCUGAGUUUUCUUUUUUGUCUCUUUCCUUCUUCAAUGCGCAUUGUCUGAAGCAAGCAACACGGGGACUUCCAGAGAGCCGCCACAAGAUGAGAGCUUUCUGCGCAGUUCGCGUCUCUCAGCUCUCGCUCCUUUCAAGACCCCUCUUUUCCUCCAGGGUGCAGCUUUCUUUUCCAGUGAAACUCUUUUCCUGCCAAGCUAAGUAUGCUGCUGAUUCUGGGCUAGAUGGUUCUGUCAGUUUGAGAGUGGUGUCUCCAACCUUAUUGGCAGCAGAAAAAGAAGAAGCCAAGGCCGUCUUAACCUUGUUCUUGAAAAAGCAAGGUUUAAGCAAUACGGUAGCUGCGAGGACUAUCAACAAGUCCGAUCUUUUCAUUGAGCAUCUUGUAUCAAGGCUUCAUUAUGUUCACAAGUCUCGGUAUCUAGUAGGCCGAGAGCUCACAACUCUUGAAAUAAGGGAUGCGUUAAUUCCUUACCUCGAGUCCCUUCUCGAGGAGCAUGGAAACAUCCUGGUAGAUGUGGUGGAGAAUUUUCCUGAUCCACCUCUUAAAGAGAAGGUAGUUGCACCUAGUCCUCCACCUCUUCCAUCUCCUUCAAGCCUGGACAAUAAAAAGCUAAAAGCUGUCUCCAGAGUGAGCCAGGCUAAUCCUCCUCCUCAUAUUGUUUACCUAUUAGAACUUGGUAUGACCCUUGAGCAGAUCAAGGGAAUUACGCGCAGAUUCCCUGCUUUUGCUUACUAUAGCUUGGAGGGGAAAAUCAAGCCGGUGGUUGAGUUCCUUCUUGAUCUUGGGGUACCAAAGAAUGAAAUUCCAAUUAUCCUCAACAAAAGGCCGCAGUUAUGUGGAAUUAGUCUCUCAGAGAAUCUAAUACCCACAAUGACAUUCCUGGAGAACUUGGGCGUGGAUAAGAAACGAUGGGCUAAAGUUAUAUACCGCUUUCCUGCGUUCCUCACUUACAGCAGACAGAAGGUUAAGGCAACGGUUGAUUUCCUUUAUGAGAUGGGUCUCUCAGAGAAGAGCAUAGGGAAGAUUCUAACUCACUGCCCAAAUAUUAUAAGUUACAGUGUGGAGGACAAGCUACGACCAACAGCUGAGUACUUCCACUCAAUGGGGGUUGAUGUGGCUGUUCUUUUUCACCGUUCACCUCAGACUUUUGGCCUUAGUAUCGAGGCUCACUUGAAACCCAUUACGGAAUUUUUCUUGGAGAGAGGAUACAGUAUGGAAGAAGUUAAGACUAUGAUAUGCAGGUAUGGAGCUUUAUACACUUUGAGCUUGGCUAAGAAUUUGAUACCAAAAUGGGACUUCUUCUUGACCAUGGACUAUCCACAAUCAGAGCUGAUCAAGUUCCCUCAGUAUUUCGGCUAUAGUUUGGAAGAGAGAAUUAAACCGAGAUAUGCUCGUAUGAAGGAGUGCGGAGUUCAUUUGCUGCUGAACCAGGUGUUGUCAUUGUCUGCUCGAGAUUUUGAAAAGGCUUUGACGAAGAAAAUGGGCAAAGCGCUUCCUGACGACGCUGAAGCCUGAGUUUGUUGCAUGUAGCAGUUAAUGAGAACGAAGAACUGAGCGUCGCUUGAAUGAUGAGAUAUUUGUAUGGAUUGUGGACUUGCUCAGGACUCCGAUUUUGCGGCAAGCAAAUCAGCUGGUGAAACAACUGGUAGCAAUUGUUCAUGCAGAUCAUUCAAUCUUCGAUAAUAAUAGAUGCACGCAAGAAUCAAGUGCUACGGUGGUGUAUUUAUGUAUCUUAAAUGAGCUUAAAGUUUGACUGUGUGGGAAGGUCUUUCUCACCCAGGCUGAGGCCGCAAUCAGAUUUGCAUAGAAGUGGGACAUCAUCGACGAAAAAUGACAGAUCUCUCUUGAGGACAGAUUUGACUGCAGGUGAUUUAGGGCCAGACUUUGCCAAUAAAGAAAAGGCAUGGAAAUGAUGCUGUAUAUUGUUCCAAUUCAUCAUGUGCAAUGUCCACAUUCCUUAAAAUGCUGAACUCCUCACCAACGAGUCAAUGAAUAUGAACUGUUUCUUUGUCGUAUUCUAUUAUGUCUUCUGAAGAAGUGAUCUGCUUCGAUGUUGAAUAAUGAUGCUUUCAUUUAUAGUU